ACUGCUUUCUUUCCAAACGUCUUCUAAUCUUAUGAUACCCGGUUCAGCCCUGGAAUCGAAGCAACAUGGCAGGCUCUCAGCCUAGCUGUGCCAACAAUUCCGAGUGCCAGAAAGGUGGAAAAUGUGCAUGCACAAAUUGCCGUCUUGUUCUUUACUGCAGCGCGGCCUGCCAGAAAAGCCACUGGAAAUUCCAUAGGAUUGAUUGCAGAUCAGAGCUGAACAAAUCGAAAUGGUUUCCUGCCUGGGUUACAGAAAAUCGAUCCCCCAAGAAUCAGCCCCCAUUCGGACCGGAUAAGGAUUUCAUGGGGGACAUGCCUGCGUUUGAUCUGCUGAAACUUGGGGACAACGAAGGGAAAGACUAUCACGGACAUUUGCGUAUCUUGCUUGCCGCAUCUGGAGACCUUCGCAACGUGGUGAAGACAGUCACAGACCUUCCGGACGAUUUCAACGGCAGUCUGGAAAUCACGAUAAACGACCACGACGCCGAUGUAGUCUGCCGGAAUGUCCUUUUGCUUCUCAUUUCUUUAGUUGCUGGAGAUGACGAAGAGGUAAUCGAAUGCAUGAUUCAUGUGUGGUACUCAGCGUUCCUCCGCGAGUCCGAUAUCGACCUGCUCAGUCAAUUCCGCCCACUCAUCGAGGAAGUCUGCAAAGACUACGAGAAUUCUGGCUGCAGCCACCCCACCGGAAGACAGUGGACUUUUGGGAAAUGCGGUCUCGUUCCCGUCCUGAAGAAAGAGUCUUGGGAUCGCCUUUUGUCUUUCCUGGAAGCACCUUUUGGCUACACGCCCACCCUUGCCCACAAAGCGAGAACCCUGGCCACGAAAGUGAAAUCGCGCAAGGACUGCCGUGAGCGAUAUCUGUACAGCCAGCCUCCUGCCCACAGAGUGGCGCACGAGAAGUUCUGGGACGAUGGAAUGCUUCUCCCCUUUGGGGCCUCGCGCGAGGAGUUCUGCAUUCCUAACCCGACCUUUUACCAGCACUGGGCACAGUGGCCUAUGAAAGACGAUGCCAACCCCUUGGCUGGAUGGCCCUCCGAAGAAGUCUUUGCGACAUACACUGGACCCGCAACGGCUGAUGUCUACGGAAAGCUGUACUUCUACCUUUAUGGAAUGUUCAAAACUUUCCGAUACAAGCUCAGAACCUCAAAGAUCCUCAUCGAGCUACCGGAGGACUGCGUCACGCCUCUUCCGACAAUACUCGAAGACAGCUGCUUUGAUCGGAUUGAUACCUCCAACCUCGCAGAUUCUGGCAUGUUUGGCAUUGGGCGCACCCUCCAGCUGAUGAUGCCUUUAUUGAAACAACCGUCUGACAAUCCCCACGCCACACUCAUCACCCUGUUCAUGGGCGCCGUAGGGCGGACAAUCAAUGAUUCGGACCGAGAACGUGAGAUUGGACCACAAAGCGAAGGAUGGAGACUUUUGAGGCAGUAUAUGCCCGAUUUUAAACGCCAUGUGCUUACACUAUCGCACCCGGAAUGCGGGAGACUCAAUGCAGCGAUACAGCUAGUGGCGAACCACGAUAUUGUUUUUGACCGGUACAUGGAGAAUCACAAUUUCACUGAGGCUGGUGAGUCCGUCGGUGCUGUGGUAAAAAAAGAUCAUACCAUUGUCGACAAAUGGCCGUUUCAGGUGAAGCUGCGACCUGGUCAGCCUGGCGCACAGGAGGAGUUCGAUCGUCUCCUGAGGGAUAAGUGUCUUGGUCAGGAAUGUUUUAUCGAAUGGAAGAGAGUCGCCAAAACUAUGGCUGACAAGAAUGAGAAGCCUUCUGGUAUGCCGAAAGUUGGUAAAUUGGCCAUUUGAAUAUGAUGACUGGAAAACAGUGCGAGACAUCCUGGUUGGGUUGUUCAACAACACAUUGGCAGUUCUGAUAUUGUUUGUUUUG